CCCAUCAUCGCAACUCCCAUCGCAGUCAAGAUGCACCUCAUCUACCCCAAGACUUGAGCAGGACUCAAGCAAUGGAACAACGAUAGCAGCAAUGACAGCGACGGUACAAUGAUCGAAGCCUCCACUCGUCUCCGACGAGCCAUUCUCCUCAACGACGUCCUUCUUGUUCAGCGCAUCAUUCGCAACAACCCGCACUUCCUUCAGAAUCCCGAUUUCGCCGAUAAAUCCAAUACGUCGCUCCACCUUGCCGCUUCCCAUGGCUUCCCGGAGAUAUGCACUCUUCUGAUCUCCCUCGGACACGACGCGAACGAGAUCUCCCGAAACAGCGACCAUGACACGCCACUGAUGCUCGCCGCGAGGAACGGCAAUUAUGAAGUUGGUACGCUACUCGCGAAGCAAUUCCCGCGAUGCAUUCCGUUCUACAACAAGCAAGGCAUGGAUGCUCUAGCUUUGGCGGCACAAUGUCCUGGCUCUACCAGUCUGAUUCCGAUCUUACUGCAAGAUGAAAGCUUCCCCGCGAGAGCGGAUGUGCAGGACUUGGACGGGAACACGCCAUUACAUCAUGCGAGCGCGAGUGGGAGUUUGAAAGCAUUGAGAAUCCUACUCGCUGCCGGCGCCAACCCGCUGGCCAAGAACAAUCACGAUUGGACUCCGCUAGCAUACUCGCAGACGGUGGCUGCGGAAGUGUACUUCAAGAAUCUAAUUCAAGAGAUGGAAAAGAGACGGCAAGACGGUGCGAGGGCGAGUGAGGAGUUGUUUAGGAAGAAGAUGGCUGCUGCGGGUGGAGGCGUACGGCUUGUUUCGAAGCAGGAGCAGGAUGAAGGCGCCAUGGGGGAUGGGGAGGACGAGCAGAUUAUUGAUGAUGCGCUGAAGAGACACUGGAGUCCGGUCGAUAGGAGACGACCUGGAACUCCUGGUGGUGGCACGCCGGUGAUGAGACAUGAAUGGGGCAGUCCGCCGUUGCUGGGACAUAUGAGAACAAGAAGCGGAGAUGGACGUUCGAGGGCUGAGAGCGGCUGAAAGCAGCAGAUGAGCAGCAUGAAGGAUGUUCUUCGCGACCUGCCUCACGCUGGGAUAUGCUUUGAGUACGCUGGAGCCGACAACGAUAAAAACUGCAUCCGGGUCUCGAUGCAGUUGGCGAACAGGAACCUGUGAACUUCGAAUCUCAGCAACUACCGCUGGAAGGCGACCAAGCACACAGGUAGUAACCACUUCCGAUAUGGCUACUGAAAUGGCCGAAUGGGGCACAAAUAGUCGCGCAAGGUCACAGUCGCGCCUACGACACUGGAACUACGUCU